AUGCUUUCUUCAGGAGUGCAAGGUCCCUUCGCUCUGCUUGGACGAGUCCGUUAUCUUCAUAAUAUGGUAGCUAAACCGUAAGUUCCCGCUUAUGCUGAUUUUUUGACUUAUUUAGAAUUGUUCCAUUAGCUUUAACGUCUUCGUUGGUGGAGCCGACCUUUGAUGGUGUCAUUGUGGUAUCCCAUUCAUUGGAAGCUUUAACCAAUCACGCCCAAUUCAAAGUCCUUGCGCAUCAGUUGACUGAACAAUCUUCACAUGGUGUUCUGAACAGACCUGGGUUUUUGUUACACACCGAACUCCCAUCUAAACGGUUGUUCUACAGUCCGGUCAGCUUUGGAAAUCAUGAUUUUGAUGAUAUCAGAAAAUACAGACAUGCGGGUGAACAGGGGAUCGCUUUGUAAGUUCGAGCUAUGGUUUCAAUAAGUAUCGUUUGUCAUUGUUAGUAUAAAGAAUUUUUUCGCAGGGCCUUGAGUUCAGGAGUUAAGAAUCCUCUAUUGGCCGUUGUCCCGAAUACAGAUCAUCCAAAUGCUUUGGUUGUCGCUGCUCUUGGUGUUUUCCACAAGCUUCAUGUUCCGUUGAAUAUCAGACAAGAAGAGAGUAACAGAUCCCAGAAGGUUGAGAGACUUGGAGUUUUAAGCACGGGCUCUUUCCAUUCAUCCGAAACUCUCAAACUCCUUGAUGCGCUCCAGUCUUCCUUUGCUGUUUGUCGUGAUAUUGGCGAUACAGACCCGCAAAGAAUGGCUCCAGGGCCAGCUGCCAGCUAUGUUCAAGAGCAUUUUAAAGGAACGGAAAUUAAAGUGACGAUAGAAGAUAACGUGGAGACCUUGAAGAAGGAAUUCCCUUUAUUGGCAGCCGUUAGUCGAGGCUGCAAUCAUAUCGACCCACAUAAGGUAUGCAGAUAUAAUGGGUAGCAUUACCUUUCUUAGGCUCGGUUACUUUUCCUGGAAUACGAGAACAGAGAAGAUUCAGGGAAGCCAUUCGAGACCAUAUUUUUGAUUGGAAAGGGCGUGACUCUGGACACCGGAGGUCUCGAUUUGAAGGUGAAUGGAGCUAUGUUGGGGAUGUCGAGGGAUAAGUAUGGUAGUGCGGUUGUCGCAGGAUUCUUUGAUGCUCUUGACAAGCUAAAACCAAAGGGACUUAAGGUUGUUGGAUUGAUGGCCAUGGUCAGAAAUUCAUGUGGAAGUGCAUCUUACUCUUGCGAUGAGAUUAUUACUGUAAGGAAUAUUUGGAAGUUUUUGUGAUAACGUUGUGCGUUCUUACAUUUGGUUUAAUUUCAGAGUCGAAGUGGUAAAAGAAUUCUUAUUGGAAACACGGAUGCCGAAGGUCGUUUGGCCAUGCUGGACCCCUUAACGUAUGCCCGAGAACUUGCCCUCAAGGAAGACAACCCUCAUCUAUACACCUUGGCUACUCUCACUGGGCAUGAAGUCUUGGCGUAUGGAUAUUUUCCGGCUAUUAUUGAUAAUGCCGUUGCCAGAUCGGCGGGCCAUGCCCAGAAUCUUCAGAAAGUUGGGGAUGAGUGGGGUCAGCCACUCGAAGUUAGCAGACUCCAUGUUGAGGUAGGUAUUUAAGGCCAUAUAACUGAUGACUUCUUAGGACUUUGACUUCAACAAGUCCCCAGUGGAAUCAGCGGAUCUUCGCCAAGCCAACAACAGGCCAUCAGUUCAGACUCUGAGAGGACAUCAGAGUCCUUGCGCUUUCUUAAUCCAAGCCUCGAGGCUAGAUGAACAUGGUAUUUCAUCACAGAAACCAAUAAGAUACAGUCAUAUUGACAUCGGCUCUUCUAUGGGCGAGUAUCCAGCUACCACCUUCCCUUGUCCAUUGCUGGCCUUAUCUGCUAAGUCAGUAUUAUUAUAGUUUGUUCUGAAUAUUAUAUUUUUUGAACGUUACUAAGCACUCUUUUUCAGACAUAUUUUCCCGAGAUUAAGCUAA